GCACCCUUUUCUUUUAUACCUCUCUCGUGUUGCGCAGGCCCGGGAGGCCCAUCUGUCCCUUACUAUUUGAGUCCCGGUUGUCUCAUUGGCGGGUUUCUGAGCAGCUGCAAAAUAUGUUUUUAACUUUAAGUGGAAGUUGGGGUCACCGGCCUCGGGCCUGGAACAGUCACUCUCAGCAAGUGCUCUUUCAGCUCUGACAUUCUCUCGUUUGACUGACUUGGCACCACAGUCGUGCCUGGUCGUCCCUUCCUCGCGGCUCAUCUGCUCUGGUCGCCUCGCAACGGCAGCUCGGCGACAGCUGCCGGGACGGGAACGAGAGGUGCUCGCGCGCGCUCAGGGGGCGGCGGCCGCGCCGCCGGCCCCAGGGAACCAUGCUGCGAGGCAAGUCCCGGCUCAACGUGGAGCGGCUGGGCUACUCUCCCGGCCUGCUCCUUGAGUCCAGACCACUCCUGGCUGGGCGCACGCCGCGGAGCCCCGGCCGAAAUGAAAGUUCGUUAGCAUCCACCCUGAAGACGCUCCUGUUCUUCACAGCUUUAAUGAUCACUGUGCCUAUUGGAUUAUAUUUCACAACUAAAUCUUAUGUUUUUGAAGGAGCCUUUGGGAUGUCCAAUAGAGACAGCUAUUUUUAUGCUGCUAUUGUUGCAGUGGUCGCCGUCCACGUGGUGCUGGCCCUCUUUGUUUAUGUGGCCUGGAAUGAAGGCUCACGACAGUGGCGUGAAGGCAAACAGGAUUAAAGUGAACAUCACCUUUUGAUAGCAUUAAAUUGUUUUUUAAAAAUGGCAAAUGCAUCUGGGAUAUUGAUGAUUUCAAUAAAGUUGAAGAACCUGUUAAAAUCAAUCUUAAGGAGUCACGUUUGACUAGUGUAAAUUUUGAUCCUUCUAAUACAGUGGUUUGUAUCAUCAAUUUUAACGGUAUGAGUCUCUCAUUUGCAAAUGAGAAUGUGGAAAAGUUGAAUUGGUUCAAAUAAGUAUGUUAAAUUAUUUACACAUUAUUCUGGGAAGAAUGUGAUUAUCUUAAAACAAAAGAUGUUUUAUAGCAUUUUGUCUUUUGGUUGGUUUUGAGUUUUACUCCUCUGGAUAUAUUACGUUGUACACAGUGAAGCAAAUCUAAACUUUAUUUUUCUCUGGAACUCUUUCCCCAGCUCUUGAAUACCAAGUAAUUGGAUUUGGGGUUGUAAAUUCCUAUGCAAAAUUGUUUAAAUUGUGGACGCUGGAAUUAAUCUGAAUGUCACUGAGAAAUUUCGCUUGAAGUGUAAUCCCUAGUCAAUAGUAAUCUUUCGUUACAUUAUUUCAUGGGGAAACUAGGCUGAAUCACACUCAUUCAUAUGAAAGGACUGGUUUAUUGAAGGAUCUAGAUCCCAAAGCAAAGAGCUAGCUGCCUGGGUACGCGGCCUGCUUCCUAGAGGCUGCUUGCAGGCCGGCCUUGUGCUUUCAGACCAACUCUAAUGAUCUGCUUUGCUCUGUCAUUCAACAAUGAAGUUAGGUUUAUGUACACUCCCUUUAAAUUGUUUUUCCUAGUUUUUUAUAAUGUACACGAUAGGAAUUUGCAUUUAAAUGAGUUCAUUUUUGCAUACUUAGGGAGUGUAAACAAUCUUGAAAAUAGAUUAUUUUUAUCACCCAGGAAGUAUUCUCCUUGGGAAUUCUAAUCUAGUCUUUUUAAUCAGAGCUGUUAUAUCCCAAAUAUAUAUACUUAGAUAAUCCUUGAGGUCCUUUUUGAUAGAAAAAGACCCUGUGGUUUUACUUUAGUAUCCUUAGUCUGUGUUCUUUCCAGCCACUUGGUAUACUUGUGUGCAAUCUAAAAAAACACUGGGAAAAAUAAGUAUUAAAACCGGAAGAAAAUUUAAAUUCCCUGUAAUGUUGCCAUCUGGAGAUAACUACUAGUUUGGUUUAUAUCCUGUGUGCAUUUCUUAAUGCUUGUUCAAUAUGCACUAAAAGUUUGGUUUAAGUUCAAAUUCUGCCAACUUUACGUGACAGCUGUUUGCAUUUUUUUAGUUGAGUGAUUAUUGGCCAUUUUCUAAAAAAGCACCUUCUACCUUCACUCCUUUACCUAGAUAACUCAUUGAUCAAAUGUCCUGUUAUUGAUAAUUCCUGAUACAACGGCCCUUGCUGUGUUUGCCAUUACUCAUUUGUUUGUUCGCCUCUAUUUGUCUUAUUGUGGAACUGUACUAAAGUAAUAGAGAGAUGGUUAGGGCUAAAAAAGGCAAGUAGCAUUUGUUUUAUUUAAUUGUUGAGGAAAAAAUAAAAGAUUAUUGUAGAACUAUUUUUUAUUAUAUUAGAUGUCUACAGUUUAAAUAUCUUCUUUAAGCAGUUACUCUAAAGUGUUUCUUGAAAACAACUACAGUUUUAGUAUAAAGUUGUACAAAUUUAACAUAAAAUUGUAGAAUAUGCCAGUUUGAGUCUGGGGUACUGUGUGGUAGAUUGCUAGAUGGUCCCCCACUUUAGAUGCCUUGUCAUACUUAGAAUUGUUGUCCACCUAAUUUCUUUUUCUACAAUGCCAAGGUUUUUCUUGUACUUUUGGGAUCUUAUGCUAUUUGUAAAAUAUUAAUGUGCAGUGUUAGAUUAUUUUGUUUGAUUUCAGACAUUUGCUGAGUAGAUAGUACUAUGGGUAUUUUUCUGCAAGUAUUUAGACCAGAGAUUUAUGCAAAACCAGUUAUAAUUCUUUUGGAAAAAGUACCAAGUGUUUGAAAGUUAG